UGUUGUUUUCUAUGCUGCUGCCAGUAACGUGGCUAGUGUGGUUCGAUUUGCUUUAUUUAAGUGCUGUUUAAGUUCAGAGGAGUAUGUCUGCAGAGGUGGCCAUACAGCCCCUGGAGGAUGUUAGCCCCCAAAUGAUGUGCUCCAGUCCCCAACCCAGUCCACAGCCCCGGGCCAAAGUGCUCAGGGAGGACCUCCUAAAGAUCCUGGACCCUUCACGGAAGAAGCUGUCAUCCUUGGAGACGCAGCGCAUUGCAGGGGUGCUGGAAGACUGCAUCGCCAGUGUGGAGACAGUAGCCUUGCUGCCGGCUGUGCUGGCCCGCCUGGGAGUGCUGUCUGUGGGGUUGGAGUUGGAGGGGGCCUUACAGGAGCACCAGCACCUUGGAGAGAGGCUGGGGGGCCUGGGGCAGAAGCUGGUUGAGGGGGAGGCAGGGGAGAGAAUGAGAGCAGAGUUAGAAAGGGCCAUCCCCAGCUCACUGAGGAACGUGCUCAGACUGCUGAGAGCUCAUCCAGCCGCCACCCGAGCCCUGAGGAGUGAGGCAGAGGUAGGGGGGCAGGGGGUGAGUGAAGGGGUGCGAGGGCUGGUAGGGGGGUUGCAGGAGUUACGGGGGGUGCUGUUAGAGAAACUGCUCACGAGCCCGUCCGAGGAACGUCAAAGAACACGCUACAUGCAGGAGGUUUCGCUGCGCCAUGGCAACAACAUGGAGCUGGUUGCUACACUGGAGAUGGAAGUCGCUGCCGCCAUCAAAGACAGAGAUGCUGAGACCUCCAAGAAAAAUGAGGUGAUCAGGAAGUUGAAGAGCUCUCUGCACCAGAUGGAGAAGAUAUCUGAGGACUUUGUGUUGCGGACACAGCAAGAUGCCGACAAGCAGAACCAGUCAGACUCUAAGACCUCACAGGGGAGGCGGGCCCGCAUGCAGCAGGAAGCCAAUCAGCUGAGAGUUCAGCUUAACAACCUGAUUUCUGAGAACCGCGAGGUAGAGACUUCGCUCCGUAAGAAAAAAUAUAAAGUGGAGACAGAAAUAGAGAACUGGAUCCAGAAGUAUGAUGCUGAUAUGGGAGAGAAACAGUUUGAGCUGGAGGACAUGACAAGGGUCUAUGAGGAGGAGAAGGAGGAGCUGAGAGAGCUAGAGGAGGCGUAUGCUGUCCUGGAUCAGGAGUUUAGUCAGAUCCAGGAGGAGCGGCGUUUGGCCGAGGAGAGGAGGGAGGAGGAGCAGAAAGAGCUGGAAAAGAAGAGCCGUGCAUCUACCAUUAUCCAGGCUUACUGGAGGGGCCACCGUGUCCGCAAGGCCAUGAGGGGGAAGGGCAAGAAGGGUAGCAAGGGCAAGAAGGGAAAAGGCAAGAAGGGCAAAUAACAGCCUUGUGGAAAACUCUGCUAGACCAGGACAGUUCAUUAUUCCUGCAUGGUUUUUAUAUUUGUGGGAAAGAAGUGUCAACUCUCCAAAAACACAUCCAUUUUCCUUUUCUCCUUUUGUAUGUUUUCCUUUUAGGUGUCAGAGUUUAUUCCAAUAAAUACUGUGCAACGCA